AUGUUGAAUAUUAAGCCUAAUGUUGACAAGAUGCCAGAUUUGAGUACCAGUAAGAGUUCAACAAAGACUUUGAUACCUGCAAAAAAGAACCCUCUCAAAAGUACAGAAAAGGUUAGCCAUUCUUCAAGUUCCAGACAGCACGACAGGAAAUAUUACCAUUCUAAGAUUACUCGAAGUCCACCUAGGCGACGUGCUAGACGAAGUCGUACGUCAACAUCCAGUUCUUCAGAUUCCAAUUCGUCGUCAUCUGAUUCUGAUUCGAAUGACUCUUCGGCAUCGGACUCCUCAAAUUCAUCGAAGGGAUCCAACAAAUCUAAUCUUGUCCCAGCUUCGGAUACAAAAAACGUUAGUGAACGUCCCCAUCCAGCCGGUCAGUCAAGUUCUAUGCAUUCUAAAGUAAGCGAUAAAACACAACAGAUGUCUUAUAAAUCAUCGGAACCUGGUGAUUCAAAGAAAAAAGUAGUCAGUGCAUUAACUUCUAAGGAUGAACUAAGCAAACCUGAGGGUAACCCUAAAUCAAAUUCAACAGAUCACUUAUUAAAAGUUCCAGAUACUUCAGCUGUUACUGGGUCGACCCUUUCGUCUUUAGUGCAGGAUUCUGAUGAUAAGGUUGCAGAGACAUCAAAAAAUAAGAAUCGCGAUAAAACAUCACAAAAUAUUGUAUCAAAGCCAAACAAGGAGAACAAUGCGGAAAAAUCUCUUCCUAAUAACAAUGCUGCAUCCGAUAGUCGGUUUACUCGUGUACUUAUUGAGAAGUUGACUAAAAAUAUAACAAAGGUUCAUAUUCAGGAAAUAUUCUCCGUAUGGGGAGAAAUCCAUUCAGUUGAUCUUCCACCUGAUCGUAUUCACCCGGAAUUUAAUAGGGGUUAUGGUUAUGUUGAGUAUGUCGAUUCCAAAUCAGCCAGUGAUGCAGUUAAUUUCAUGAAUGGAGGACAAAUAGAUGGACAAGAAGUUAGAGUUUCUGAAGUUCAUUCUCGAACGGCACACCUAAGUGAUCGUGCAGGCCGUUCAGAUGAACGAACAGGCUACAGAAAAAGAGGCCAUGAUUCAUCGAAGCAUGAUCGUGAAAGGUCACAUAAUCGCGAAGGACAUACUUCAAAAACAUUUAAUGAUUCCACAGAACAUAAUCGUGUGAAAGAAGAUUCUGGUAAAAAACAUGCUUCUCACAAUCAUUUUCGAACUCAUGAUAGGCAAGAGCAUUCUCGAAUUCGAGAACGCAUUAGGGAGCGUGAACGUGAAAGAACACGUGGCAGUCGUCUAGAUAAUGAACUCAAAAGAAACCGACGAGGAAGCAGUGGUAGUCCAUUUGCAAGUCAUUCAACUAAUCGACCUCGUUCUCCUCUUACGGGAUCACGUUACCGCAGACCUAGUCCUCCAAGCUCUAGAACUGGCCCUAAACGACCUAGGUCUCAUAGUCCUAAAGCAAAAUUACAAUCAACUUCUGGUCGAGGUGAUAAAAAACCUGGAGAUAUUAACCGUCGUGAUAAGAAAGCAUCUUCCCGUUCAUCGUCUUCGUCUUCUUCCAAUUCAGGAUCAUCUUCUUCCUCCUCAUCAAGUUCGAAUUCUGGUUCUAGUUCAUCCUCUAGUUCAAGUUCUUCUCGCUCACAUUCUUAA